GUACAAGGUCUUCAACUCUUUUGUGGAGCUGGGCCCAGCGCACAUCCACGCCACAGACUACGUGAAGGGGCCUCCUUCUUCCUGGUGAGCCUGGGGGGCACGGCCGUGGGGCUGCUCUUCGCCUUCCUCCUGGCCCUGAUCACACGGUUCACCAAGCGCGUGCGCAUCAUCGAGCCGCUCUUCGUCUUCCUCCUGGCCUACGUCGCGUACCUCGCCGCCGAGAUGGUCUCGCUCUCCUCCAUCCUGGCAGUCACCUUCUGUGGAAUCUGCUGCAAGAAGUACGUGGAAGCCAAUAUCUCCCAGAAAUCCCGCACCACGGUCAAAUACACUAUGAAGACACUGGCCAGCAGUUCAGAGACCAUCAUCUUCAUGUUUCUGGGCAUCUCGGCUGUGGACACCUCCAAGUGGGCAUGGGACACAGCACUGGUGCUGGGCACCCUGUUCUUUAUCCUGCUCUUCAGAGCUGUGGGUGUUGUCCUCCAGACCCACGUGCUCAACCGCUUCCGCCUCAUCCCCCUGGACAGGAUCGACCAGGUGGUCAUGUCCUAUGGUGGCCUUCGUGGGGCCGUGGCCUUCGCCCUGGUCAUCCUGCUGGACAGGGAGAAGGUGAAAGCCAAGGACUACUUUGUGGCAACAACCAUUGUGGUGGUGUUCUUCACUGUCAUUGUGCAGGGCCUCACCAUCAAGCCCCUGGUGACGUGGCUGAAGGUGAAGCGCAGUGACCACCACAAGCCCACGCUGAAUGAGGAGCUGCACGAGCACGCCUUUGACCACAUCCUGGCAGCAGUGGAGGACAUCGUGGGGCACCACGGCUACCACUACUGGCGGGACAAGUGGGAACAGUUCGACAAGAAGUACCUGAGCCAGCUCCUGAUGCGGAAAUCUGCCUACAGGCUGCGGGACGAGAUCUGGGAUGUUUACUACAAGCUGAACAUCCGUGAUGCCAUCAGCUUCGCUGAUCAGGGUGGCCACGUGCUCUCAGCUGCCAAGCUGGCGCUGCCCUCCAUGCCCAGCCGCACGUCCAUGUCGGAGUCGUCGGUCACAAACCUCCUGAGGGAGAGCGGGAGCGGCGCGUGCCUGGACCUGCAGGUGAUCGACACGGUGCGGAGCCGCCGGGACAAGGAGGACGCUGCCAUGCACCACGUGCUGCGAGGGAGCCUCUACAAGCCCCGCCGGCGGUACAAGGCCAGCUACAGCCGUCACUUCAUCUCUCCAGAUAAACAAGAGCGCCAAGAUAAAGAAAUCUUCCGGCAGAACAUGAAGAGGCGUCUGGAGACCUUCAAGUCCACAAAGCACAAUGUCUGCUCCUCCAAGAGCAAGGCCAGGCUGAAGGAAAAGGGCAGGAAAAAGAAGAGCAUCUCUCUGACCAAAGAGACGCCCAAUGGGAAGACGCAGAGAAACAUCCCCUGGCAGGAGGCAGCUCCUGUCCUGGUGAUGGUCAGCUCAGAGGAGGAGGAGAGCGAUAGCUCGGAGACGGAGAGAGAGGAUGAUGAAGGGAUCGUGUUUGUCGCUCGAGCCACCGACGAGGUCUUGCAGGGAAAGACAACUCCUGGCAGCCUGGACGUCUGCCCCAGCCCCUGCAUCAUCCCACCAUCACCCACCUUGGCAGAGAAGGAGCUGCCAUGGAAAGGAGACCAGGCUGAUCUGGCUGUUUAUGUCUCCUCGGAGACCACCAAAAUCGUGCCAGUGGAUAUGCAGAAGGCUUGGAACCAAAGCAUCUCCUCCCUGGAGAGCAUCGCUUCCCCACCAGGCACUGAGAGCGGACCUCAGCACAGGAGAUUCGUCUGCCCUGUGCUGGAGGAGCAACCCCAGUCUGCAAGCCACGUGACACCAGAGCAGAGCUCCUGCUUCCAGUUCCCCAGCCACAUCUCCAGGAGCGGCCGGUCACAGAGUGACAGCAGCCCAGACGGCCCUGAGCAGCAGGAGCUGCAGCCUUUGAUGGCCACGGAGGAGCAGGGCAGGAUGCCACCCACCGUGGAGCCCAGGCGGCUGAUGUUCCACAGAGCGAGCCACCUCUGAGGCACCCUGUGGAUGGGGAAGGGGCUGGGGGCUGCAGACAGGCUGUGACCUGCUGACUGCUCCGCUGUCUUGCGUUGUAAAGCUUGUGUGUGUCUCCAUAAACUCCAGGAGUGGCAGGAGAAGCCAGUACUCCUCCUGGAGCUGCACUCCAGGGCAGGCUUUGCUCAUGCACCUGCUGAUGCAAACCUGGUCGAUAACUUGGCUUUGUGCUGCGACAGCAGGUACCAGCCCUGUCCACCCAGGGAGGCACAGACCCCAAACCUUAUUCUUCCUCUCUGGUCCCUACACAUCUCAGCAGCCAGGAGGAUAGAGAUGUUCCUCCCAGGGCUGGGAUCCCAACCAGACUCGAUUCUGUCGUGGCUGCGCUGGCCUGAGGUGUGGGGGUGCUGGCUAAUGGGCUGUGGCUGCUCACAGGUGUAGGAGUAUGAGCUGAUCUUCAGCCUGGCUGUGAGUAGGACACCUCUGGGGACAGGACUGGGAGUGGUGGCCGGUGCAUGAGAGCCCAUCCACACCCAGUGGCCGAGCCUUUGAUUUCGAGGUGGCCACAGUGCUGGUUCCUCACAGCGUGCGUGGAGCUCAGCCAGGCGCCCAGAGAUGGGCUCCUUGCCAUGGCAACUCUGUGUUCCUCCAGUUGUGGAGGCACCACAGAGGCAAGGCCACGACCUUCUCAGGACUGGGAGCAGCGCUCCUGGAGUUUGGCUCCACCAGGAGCUGGACUAGUGAACCUGUACGCACAGGGACUCCUCUGGCAGCCAACCUGCUGUGCCAGCCUCACGCCUGUUGCCUGGAUGUGUUCCCAACACCUGUGGUGUUCAGCUUUCUGGCUUUGAUAGGAGGCAGCUGCCCUGCACAGCAUCCUUGGCAUUCAUCCUGCCCACGUCCCAGUCCCUCCAGUUGCCUGGGGCCCAUCAUCUGGGAGGGCUGGCCAUGGUGCAAGGAGUGGAGGCAGCAGCAGGUAUGAAUGUAUAUAAGGAACAGGGGUGAUGGGUGUGAGCUGAGUGCACCUUCAAAAGUCUGUCCCCACCACCUGCCUCCCAGCCACCCCUGCUCCCUCCUGAGAGGGUGGUGGGACCUGGUGGCAAUGGUCCACGCAGUGCAUUAUUCCUGGUGCGACCCCAAGGAUCAAGAACUGCUCCCCAAGAACUGCUCAGCACACAAAAGAGCACAAUGGCUGGGCACUGGCAGUGCAGGGGGGUUGGGGAUGCUCCUCUUAGGGAAAAAUGGAGACUUGGACUUUUACUUGGGUAAAAGCUGCCUGUUCCAGCUCUGUGGGUGUGCUGAGACAGCAGGUACCAAGGGGACACUGGGUGGGUGAGCCCGAUGUGGGGCAAGUGAGCUGGUGGGACCCCUGGCACUGCUGACAGGGCUCGGCAGAGACCCUUUGGCAGUCCCACCAGAUGAGCAUGAGGUUUUUAAAAGGUUUUUAUAUAGUUUUGCAUUUCAGGUAUGACUUAUUCUGGUUUUGAUUUCUGAUAUUGGGCCAUACUAAAUCUCUAGCUGGGUCAGUGUUUUCUGUAGCCACGGGCACCACAAAUGACUCAAGACUUAAUAUCUUAUUUGCAAGAAUAUUGUUAUAAUGUGAAAAUAUAUGCAGAGUAUUUUGUAAUGUUCAAUAAACGAGUUGGAGCAGA